CAUUUUAGACUUGAUGUUGAUGGAGAACGUUCCCUUGCAAGUUCCCUUGCGAUUGCUACCCGUUUAUUCGGGCCGAAAUUUCACUUUAGUUAUCUAAUUGAACAGAGCGUGUUUGCUUUACUUACGAGCAAAUCCUGUUAACGGAAAGUAGAGGUUGUACUUUAUAGUUAGGGCUAUGUACCGCUAUUUUCUCUUUGUUCUCUGUAAAAUAUCUAUACGAACGUGUCUUACACUUUGUAGAUGUGGAGUUAUUUAGUCUGAAUCUAUAUACAUCUGUAUCUAUAUAUAUCUGUAGGCUUAUGUUUUUGUAACAGUAUUAAGGUGAAUGAGAGCGUUUGAGAGACCAAACCAUUGUCCAAUCUAUGUGGGACAGAAUUUAGCUGAAGGGAGCUGAUAAACGCGACGACGCGCAUUUUUCAAACUUGGCGUGUUUGAGAACGUAGUACUUACAGCAAGUAGCUUUGCAUGCCACGUUACACAGUGUAGUCUGCACGCUUUGUGCUCUUCAGAAAUCACGCGUGUAUGGAUAAACUGAAAACUAAUAGAUUAUAAGACCACCAUGUUUUUUGAUUGCUUCCAGCUAUAUGUAGCAGCCAUAUCCCUGCACAGCCUUUUCCUUCUCAUGCAGACUCUGUGGAGAUCACCAGCAGUGUUCCGUCGCCGGUUCCGAUGGGACCGCGUCCAAAGUCUGUCCCACGGAGACCCGCUCUUUAAAGUGCACUACCUGGGUGCAGAAAAAAUCUACUCCCUGGAUGUGCAGCAGGCGGAGGAGGCCCUGGGGCGGCUACUGGAAAGAUCUCCUGCUGGGGCCUCGCUGGGGAUGGAGCAUGCACUGGUAGUGCGUGCGCGCUACGUGGAGGUAAAGGAGAUCAGCACAGGCAGACAGCUGACGAAAACGUACCUGCGGGACAUCGCCUACUGCACGGCCGACGCCGCCCACCCAAACGUCUUCCUCUACAUCUGCAAGCAGCCUGGAGCACAGCUGCACUGCAGGGUAUUCUGGUGUAGCCGGACAGAGCGGGCCAGAGACAUCACCGCCUGUCUUGCACGCUCCUUCCAGAGGGCUAUGAGUGACUGGCAGCAAGGGGAGACCAACCAAAUACAAGUCGUGGAAGGAUCAAAAGAUGGGCAGCUAAUCACAGGGGAGGGGCAAGUGAAGAGCUGCACCACUCUACCUGUAGACUCAGGAAAGGGCUGGAGGAGAAGAAAAAGUGUGGUUUCUCACACCUCCUUAAGAGUGAUGAUGAGAAGGGCCAGCAUCAGCAACUAGAAGACAGCAAUUUUAGAGCCCAAACAGGUUGAAACUAGCUGCAACAGGUCCAAUACUCCCAUUCAGACCCUCAAUGAUGGGAGAACAGCCCCCAGACAAACAGAACUGUCAGCACAAAUCCAAUCUGUUGGCUUGACAAUGAAGUUUAUUGCUACAGUUGUUUGGGGAACGUUUAGACAUGCCACUCUUACUCCUCUGGGUGUGCAACAGUAAAUUGUGUAACAGUCUGGUUCCCUCUGGUGUAACUGUUGCAUUAAGGAAAGUGUGAGUGUUACAUCACUUCUACAGCACAAAUCUGUAGCAUCCCUUUUGUUAAAAUUGAUCACCGUUGUAAAUAUCUGAACAUUUAUUCCAAGUCUCAUUGUCAUUUAUUUGGUUAGAAUUUGUCUUGAGUGUUGACAUUUAAAUCUGUGAUUUUACAUUUCUGAAUGAAUGAUUGUGGGCAUAGAGUUCUGCUCUCAUCUGAAUGAGGCUUUGCAUAACAGCAGUCAAAAAUGGUUUUGUUCUUUCACAUUACCUCAUUUCUAUUGCUGUGACCUAGCACUGACCCCCACAGAGUGCAUGAUGUGAUCACAUUAAUUAGCCUUCAACAGGGGCCUGUGAAAUAAUGUUUCAGCAACAGAAUUUUAAUUUCAUAGUCCUUUCAUGCUCUGAGUUAGAGGACAUAAAUCAGAUGUUCUCUCAUAGCAACUGGGAAAUCCUUCAUUGUGGCCCGGCAUGCUUAUGUAGCAUUAUAGAUCUAGUGAAACUAGGACUGCAGUAUUGAAGAUCAUUCAGCAUGCAAUUGUAUUCCAGCUCCUACCAACACCAGUAAUUCUGGAUUAUGGAAACACUUGCCAUUCUCGGCCCCAGAACUCUCGCCCUUGGCUGUCUCACAUUCCCUUUUCCCCUCCCUCCAUGCCUUAAAGAAUGCCUUGUGUUUUAUUCUAUGCCUAUCUUGUGUGCAUUUUGUAUAAAGAAAAACAUAUUUAAAGAUCUUUUUUUAUUAUUGAUAACAUUAUAUGUGUAAAGCACUUUUACAUUUCUUUCUGACAGUAUUUCAGGGCAGCUUUAUAUAUUAUGCAAUCUGCAGCACGCAUCACUGCAUAAAUAUAAUAAAGGGCG